AUGUCGGGAAUCCUGAACCUCGUCUCUCGGUUGGCCAUCCCCGCAGCGGUCGGUGUGUCGCUCUUCCAGCUGUCCAUCUAUGAUGUGAAGGGUGGCAGCAGGGCCGUCAUCUUUGAUAGGAUUAGCGGUGUCAAGGAAACUGUUGUCAACGAGGGAACACACUUCCUCAUCCCAUGGCUCCAGAAGGCAGUUAUCUACGAUGUCCGCACAAAGCCCAGAAACAUCUCCACCACCACUGGCUCAAAGGAUCUCCAGAUGGUCAGCUUGACACUCAGAGUCCUGCACAGGCCUGAAGUCAAGGCUCUCCCUAAGAUCUACCAGUCUCUCGGUCAAGACUACGAUGAGCGUGUCCUCCCCUCCAUCGGAAACGAAGUCCUCAAGUCCAUCGUCGCCCAAUUCGACGCCGCCGAGCUCAUCACCCAGCGUGAGCAGGUUUCCAACCGCAUCCGCGCCGACCUCCUCAAGCGCGCGCAAGAGUUCAACAUUGCGCUCGAGGACGUCUCCAUCACUCACAUGACCUUUGGCCGCGAAUUCACCAAGGCUGUUGAGCAGAAGCAGAUUGCGCAGCAGGACGCCGAGCGCGCGCGCUUCAUCGUCGAGAAGGCCGAGCAGGAGCGCCAGGCCUCUGUCAUCCGUGCCGAGGGUGAGGCAGAGUCUGCAGAGACUAUCUCGAGGGCCGUGGACAAGGCUGGUGACGGUUUGAUCCAGAUCCGUCGCAUUGAGGCGGCGAAGGAGAUUGCGCAGACGCUGGCGAGUAACCCGAAUGUGUCGUAUCUGCCUGGCGGUGGGAAGGAGGGUGGCAGUGGGGCGAAUAUCUUGUUGGGGUUGAGGAAUUAG